AUCUAUAUAAGUCUAUUACGUAGUGUCGAACUCAAACUUCUUGUCGUAUAGACAUUGUUAUUCGGCACUAUGGAGGGUAUGUGGGAGCUCGAUAUAAGGAAUGCAAUAUCUUUGAUUAACUCUGCAAAAGACAGUGUCAAUCAGUUUAAGGAGAAGAUCGAUGAAAAUGAAAAGCUUACAUAUAACACCAUAGUAAAUGCGAAACUCGAUUCUUUACGGAAGACAAUAAAUAAUCUCGAACUUACUCUUCGCGAUAUGGCGAACGGGUCAGUAAGUGAAAGUGAAUUAUUACCCAAAAGGAAACAAUUUGAAGAUAUUAAACUAUCGCAUCAAGAAUUGGAAAAGCAAAUGAAGCAACCAGUUGGCAUCCCUACUUCAACAAUGCAACACAGUAUCCCACCUAGUGACUUGGAGAAAAUGAAUCAACAUAGUUUGUAUGAUUAUCGUCAGUCUAUGAUGAGGGCACAGGAGGAUGAACUAGAGUUAUUGGACUCCACUGCAGGUGCUAUUCACAACAUAAGUACCCACAUUCGGGAUGAGGUGGAUUACCAUACAGGGUUAUUAGUAGACCUGGAGAGUGCUAUGGAUACAUCGCAUACUCAGAUUAUGAGUAACCGUGCAAGGCUUGAGCAAUUAGUAAAUCGUACAAGUAAGCGUCGAUUGAUGCUCUAUAUUGUCGCCUUAACCGUAUUACUGGUUUUGAUACUUAUACGAUAAGUACUAUAAAAUACAAUUUAA